AUGGCUCACUUUGUUUUUGAAAACGACCUGAACAGCAUCCUCAAGCUGGACGCCCCAAUCACAAACGCCCCCAUGGCCCGCUGGCAGCGGAAGGCGAAGGAAGGGACCUGCUCCUCCACCAAUACCUCCGUGAACACCAGUGUCCUGUCACCGAUGAAGGCCGCAAACCGGUCACACAGCGCCAGCAGGACUCCAUCCAGGACCCCAGGGAAGUCGCAGGGUAAAAUGCAGGGCACGCCUUCCAGAGCCGGAGGAGAUCGCUUCAUACCCAACCGGAGUACAAUGCAAAUGGAUGUAGCCAGCUUCCUCUUGAGUAAAGAGAAUGAGCCUGAAGACCUAUCGCCAACCAAGAGGGAGCAGCAGAAGGCUUGGGCUGUCAACCUGAACGGCUUUGACAUGGAAGAAGCCAAAAUCCUAAAGCUUGGAGGCAAACCCGUUAAUGCCCCUGAAGGCUAUCAAAACAACCUGAAGGUUUUAUACAGCCAAAAAGCAACCCCUGGAUCCAGCAAAAAACCCACCCGAUACAUCCCGUCGAUGCCUGACAGAGUCCUUGACGCUCCUGAGAUCAGAAAUGAUUAUUAUCUGAAUCUGAUCGACUGGAGCUCACAGAACCUGCUGGCUGUAGCUCUGAAUGACUCGGUCUACCUCUGGAACUACAUGAGUGGAGACAUCAUCCUCCUACUACAGAUACAGCAACCAGAUGAGUACAUUUCAUCCGUCUCCUGGAUCAAAGAGGGGAACUAUCUGGCUGUGGGAACCAGCAAUGCUGAAGUGCAGCUCUGGGAUGUUCAGCAGCAAAAGCGUCUGCGUAAUAUGGCCAGCCAUUCAUCACGUGUUGGUGCUUUGACCUGGAACAACCAUAUCCUGUCCAGCGGUUCUCGGACUGGUCAAAUCCAUCACCACGAUGUGCGAGUCUCUCAGCAUCACGUCGCCACGCUGUCCGGACACACGCAGGAGGUUUGCGGCCUGAAAUGGUCUCCAGAUGGCCGCUACCUGGCCAGCGGGGCAAAUGACAACCUGGUGAACAUCUGGCCUUCUGUCCAGGGGGAUUCUGGAGAGUUCACACCGGUGCAAACCUUCACACAACACCAGGGGGCAGUCAAGGCUGUGGCCUGGUGCCCAUGGCAGUCUAAUGUGCUGGCAACCGGUGGGGGAACAAGUGACAGACAUAUCAGGAUCUGGAAUGUGUGCUCUGGAACAUGUCUAAACGCUGUGGACACCCACUCCCAGGUCUGCUCUAUACUGUGGUCCACAAUGUACAAAGAACUCAUCUCCGGCCAUGGGUUUGCACAGAACCAGCUUGUCAUCUGGAAGUAUCCAACAAUGACCCGGGUUUCAGAGCUGAAAGGUCACAGCGCACGGGUCCUCAAUCUCGCGAUGAGUCCAGACGGUUGCACCGUGGCCUCCGCCGCAGCAGAUGAGACUUUGAGACUAUGGAAGUGCUUCGAGGUAGAUCCCGCCACAAAGAAGGAAAAGGAGAAGGCCAGGAGCAGCAGCAAAAGCAUCAUCCAUCAGAGCAUCCGAUGAGAGCCGACCGCCCCCUUUUUUAUUUUAUUUUUUAAUCAUUCACAUGUAAAUACUUAAACUUUUAUGUUCUCAUUGCCUGUAAAUGUGUUGAAUCGCCCUUUUGUUUUUAUUUUACGGUCGCUUUUAUUGACCGCUGUAACAUUUGGCUAAUGUAUUCCUAUAAACUGGCUACACAUUUGUAUGAACAAUGUUCAAUUAAACCUUUUUAACAAUGUG